AUGUGUCCUCUCACUACAAUAUGUGUUUGUACCGAUUGUUUCUAUGGUGAUCGAUGUCAAUUUUAUGCUAAAGGUAUCGGAUUAACACUUGACGAUAUAUUACAUUAUGCAAUUAAACCUAAUAUUAAUUUGAAUAAUCAAUCACGAUUUAUCAAAGUGAGCCCAGUGGUUACAAUGAUUAUAUUCGUCGUAGUUGUUUUUACUUCAUCAUCCGAUCCAAUUAUUUUCGAUGAUGAUAAUACAAAUGAAACAAAAUUUGAACAAACUGAAUUUGAUUUUGAUUAUCUUCAUUUAAUAUUUGCGUCACGUAGUCCAGAGCUAUCUUUUCCAUCUUCGUUAGCAGCUGAACUAACAAUAUCAAAAUCGAAGGAUGUUAUUUUUGGAAUUGAUGAUAUCAAAAAUGGAAAGACACCAUUCAAUCGUAUUGGUAUUCGGGUAGAACAAUAUGAUGGUUUAUUAAAUAAUAUAAUCGAUGUAGCUUUUCUUGAUAUGGGUGUUGCAGAAUAUGCAACUAAUAAUAUAUAUUGUAAUUUAACUUUGAUUGGUGAAGGUUUUGACAAAGGUGCACUUGUUAUUCUUACAUCUAAACAAUGGUAA